CAAUUCCGUCGGAAGCACAGGCGCGCAUUGACCACGCAACAAUCAUACGACUGAACCACCAUUUCCAACGCGUUUCAUCGCGCACAAAGCACAAUGUCGACACCAACGAAAGCCAAGUCAGAGCCCGUGGCAGAGUUGAACCCGCGCUCGACGUCUUAUGAGUUCCUAGGCCCACCGGGUGCCUUUCUCAUCUCAUUCGGCGUCCCUUUCAUGACGUAUCUCCUCUACUUUGGUUGCUCAGAGGAGUCUGGCGGCUGUCCUCCUCUUUUACAAUCUAUUCCAGACCGGUUCGUGGGAGCGUUGAGUGAUAAAACCUUUUGGGCGAGUCUAUGGGACACCGAGGCUAGUUUGAUUUAUUUGGGAUGGUACGCAUUUUGCGUUGUUGCGUGGGCAGUGUUGCCCGGGGAUUGGGUCGAAGGUGUGACUAUGCGCACUGGGGAGAAAAAGAAGUACAAGAUCAAUGCCUUUUCGACAUUCCUCCUUGCAAUGGGUAUCUCCUGUGGAUACAUCCUUCGCAACGGCCCUGAGUCCUUCACCUUCAUCUACAAAAAAUGGAUAGGAUUCGUCACUGCUUCCCUCGUCAUGUCCGUGGUGCAGGCUUUCUACGUGUACGCGAGCUCAUACCGCCCGGGCGCUCUCCUCGCACUUGGUGGCAACUCGGGAAAUUUCAUCUAUGACUGGUACAUUGGCCGCGAGUUGAACCCAUCUAUUGGUUCGUUUGACAUCAAGUCCUUCAACGAGCUCCGCCCUGGCCUCAUCCUUUGGGUGUUGGUGAACAUGAGCAUGGUCUGCGAGCAAGCCGUACGUCGUGGGGGUUUCGCGAACGUUACCGACUCGAUGUGGCUCGUACUCGCAUUCCAGACCUGGUAUGUCGCCGAUGGAUUGUAUAACGAGCCUGCCAUUUUAACGACUAUGGACAUCACGACUGAUGGGUUUGGGUUCAUGCUUGCUGUGGGCGACCUCACUUGGGUGCCUUUUGUGUACUCGCUGCAGGCGCGCUACCUUGUGUUCAAGCAAGUGGAGCUUGGGGCCCUUGGUACCGCUGGAGUACUUGGACUCAACCUCCUUGGGUAUUACAUUUUCCGCGAUGCGAAUGGGGAAAAGAAUGAUUUCAGAAAUGGACGCAACCCCAAGAAUUUGAAAUACUUUACGACUUCUACCGGCUCGAAGCUUCUCACUUCUGGGUGGUGGGGCCGAUCAAGGCACCCUAACUACUUUGGUGACUUGUUGAUGGCAGUUGCAUGGUCGCUUCCUACCGGGUUCGACACCCCGAUCACAUACUUUUAUGUUGUGUACUUUGCGGUCCUGCUCGUCCACAGGCAGCGCCGCGAUGAUGAAAAUUGUGAGAAAAAGUACGGUAAGGAUUGGGAGACGUACAAGAAGCUGGUAUCCUACCGUAUUAUCCCAUACGUUUACUAGGAACGUGGUCUGGAUGAAUCUAAUUCUAUGGACGAUUAGGCUGUGGAAAUGUUAAUGGUUUAUUUAUGGUGUUGUCCUGGCUAGGAAAAUCGCGGAUUGCUUGAUCAGUUGGAGAAUCUCUUUCACUACAUUGGGUGACGCAGUUGGGUUUGGGGAAUUCCGUUCAUAAAAGUAUUAUCGUUCAAAAUUGUGCAAAUAACAGCUCAUUUCGCUCAAAGACUCCCGCGCUU